AUGGCAUUGAAGCUUUAUGGUCUUCCUAUGUCCACAAACACCACUCGUGCCAUGAUCUGUCUACAUGAGAAAGAGGUGGAUUUUGAACUCGUUCCAGUCAAUGUAUUCACUGCCGAGCAUAAAGAGCCUCCUUUUCUCUCCAAAAACCCCUUUGGUUUGAUUCCAGUACUUGAAGAUGGUGAACUCACUCUUUUUGAGUCCAGGGCCAUUACGGCAUACGUAGCUGAAAAGUUCAAGGAAACAGAACCUGACCUGAUAAGGCACAAGGACGCAAAAGAAGGUGCACUGGUGAAGGUGUGGACAGAGGUAGAGUCUCACUACUAUGAACCAGCAGUGUCACCUAUUAUCUACGAGCACUUCGUGGCCCCUUUCCAAGGCAAAGAACCGGAUAAGACAGUGAUUGACACCAACGUUGAGAAGCUGAAGAAGGUGCUGGAUGUGUACGAGGCCAAGCUGAGCAGCAGUAAGUAUCUUGCUGGGGAGUUUUAUAGCCUUGCUGAUCUGAGCCAUGUCUCCGAAACUCACUACUUAAUGCAGACCCCUUGUGCUUCCUUGAUCAAUGACCGUCCCCAUGUAAAGGCUUGGUGGGAAGAUAUCUCUUCUAGGUCUGCUUUCAAUAAGGUUGUGGGAGGAAUGACUUUUGGUCAGAAUCAAGAAUGA